CUCCAUUUCUAAUAUCCGGCCGCCUUUGUCCCGUGAUAACCACACUCUUCGCAAAAGCAGCCAGAGAGCCAGAAAGGCCGCCGGUCUUGUAUUUUCUCCGUCGACUGUUUGUGUCGAACAAGAAUCCAUCGACGGUUAGGCGGAGGUCUUACUAGUAUUUUCUACGCUCCGUCACUCGUUCUUGUGAUUCACUUGAACCCGAGGAAUGGCAGCAUCGACGGUGUUGGCGAAGGCCGUCGGAGCUGAGAGAGAAUUGAAGGUUCAUAUUCCUGGAUACGGAGGGUUUAUAUCCUCUGGGAUGAUCACUCUCGCGGGAUCGGUUCGGGCUACGCCCGCUUCGUCUUCUUCGUCGUGCUCCGCUGGGAUUGUGAGGGCUGUUGCCACGCCUGAUACUGCCGUCAUCAAACGAAGCAAGGUUGAAUUGUACAAAGAACAAAGCAACUUUCUUAGGUUCCCUCUAAAUGAGGAGUUGCAGAAUGAGGCGGCUGGCAUUAAUGAAGUUGCCACCCAAUUGAUCAAGUUUCAUGGAAGUUAUCAACAGACCAACAGGGAUGAACGUGGUACAAAGUCUUACCAGUUUAUGCUUCGAACAAAAAAUCCAUGUGGCAAAGUACCAAACAAGCUCUACUUGGUAAUGGAUGACCUUGCAGAUGAAUUUGGUAUUGGUACUCUCCGUCUAACCACCAGACAAACAUUUCAGUUACAUGGAGUUCUAAAGAAGAACCUCAAAACUGUGAUGAGCACUAUCAUAAAGAAUAUGGGAUCAACUCUUGGUGCUUGUGGUGACCUAAACAGAAAUGUUCUUGCCCCAGCAGCACCCUAUACAAACAAGGAGUAUGCUUUUGCUCAGGAAACUGCAGAGAACAUUGCUUCACUUCUGACUCCUCAAUCUGGUGCUUAUUAUGAUAUCUGGGUAGAUGGUGAAAAAGUCAUGUCUGCAGAGCCUCCUGACGUAACUGCAGCUCGUAAUGAUAACUCCCAUGGGACAAACUUUCCAGAAUCUCCAGAACCCAUCUAUGGUACACAGUUCUUGCCUCGGAAGUUUAAGAUUGCAGUGACUGUACCUACUGACAACUCAGUGGAUAUUCUAACCAAUGACAUCGGUGUUGUGGUGAUUUCUGAUAGUGAUGGAGAGCAUCAAGGCUUUAAUAUCUAUGUGGGUGGUGGCAUGGGAAGGACACACAGGGUGGAGACCACUUUUCCUCGUCUUGGAGAGCCACUGGGUUAUGUACCAAAAGAAGAUAUAUUAUAUGCUGUGAAGGCAAUUGUUGUUACGCAGAGAGAAAAUGGGAGAAGGGAUGAUAGGAAGUAUAGUAGAAUGAAGUAUUUGAUAAGUCAAUGGGGAAUUGAAAAGUUCCGUUGUGUUGUUGAGAAGUAUUAUGGAAAGAAGUUUGAACCAUUCAGAGAGUUGCCUGAUUGGGAAUUCAGAAGCUACCUAGGAUGGCAUGAGCAGGGGGAUGGAGCAUUGUUCUGUGGCCUUCAUGUUGAUAGUGGCCGUAUUGGAGGUAAAAUGAAGAAAGCUUUGAGGGAAGUAAUUGAGAAAUAUAAUUUAAAUGUUCGGAUUACGCCAAACCAGAACUUGAUUUUAUGUGAUAUUCGACGUACUUGGAGAAGACCAAUAACAACAGUUCUAGCUCAGGCUGGUCUACUGCAACCUAAGUAUGUUGAUCCUCUCAACAUAACUGCCAUGGCAUGUCCGGCUCUACCAUUAUGUCCUCUAGCAAUAACUGAAGCUGAGAGAGGAAUACCUGACAUUCUCAAACGUGUUCGAGCUGUUUUUGAUAAGGUGGGUUUACGUUACAAUGAAUCUGUGGUUAUAAGGAUAACUGGUUGCCCUAAUGGUUGUGCUAGACCAUACAUGGCUGAACUAGGGUUUGUGGGUGAUGGUCCUAACAGUUAUCAGAUUUGGCUCGGGGGAACACCUAACCAGACUAGUUUAGCUAAAUGCUUCAUGAAUAAGGUGAAGAUCCAAGAUCUAGAGAAGGUUUUGGAACCACUUUUCUAUAAUUGGAGAAGGAAACGUCUACGGGGAGAACCGUUCGGCCAGUUCACGACUAGAGUCGGCUUUGAUAAGUUGCAAGAGAUGGUCAAUAAGUGGGAUGGUGUUAUAAAGUCUCCUACAAAACACAAUCUCAAAAUUUUUGCCGACCGACAAACAUAUGAAGCAAUGGAGGAGCUUGCCCAGAUUCAGAGCAAAUCUGCUCACCAGCUAGCCAUGGAGGUAAUCCGCAAUUAUGUUUCUUCCCAGCAAAAUGGAAAAGAAGAAUGAAAGAGAAUUUCUCUUUGCAUAAUGUAAAGCCUCUUUUCCUUUUUCCUAUUUCCUAUUUGAUUUAGGAGAUACCCCAACCAAAGGAUUAAUUAUUCUGUGCGGAUACCGGAUGACGUUCGGAGACGAAUGAGAGCGCGCCCAUCACUUUUUUGCUGUGUAUCGGUGCUAUGUACUGGGUGACGUGGUGUUCUCUCAUUCAUCUCUGAAUAAUCUGGUGUCCGUACAGAAUAAUUUCUCCAACUAAACAGAAAUUUUUGUUUUAUCUUCAGACAUCUGUGAUGUUUUGUUCUUUGGCUGUAUUGAUAUGAUUUGUAGUAUUUGCCAUAUGCUGUACAGCAUGAGAAUUGCUGCUUCCACUUGUCUGCUAUAUGGCUAUUAGUAUAAGUUUGUUGAUGAAAACUUUAUGAAAUUUUCAAAUAUUCAAUGCACAGUAAACCUUUAUUUUCUGCCAAAA